AUGAAAUUCUAUAGCCUGGAAAUGGAUGGAGAAAAUGCAUCUGCGGAGGAAAAUGCAGAAGACAUAGAUGCUCCAUCUUCAUCUGGCAAAGGAUCUGGGAAAUCCCAAAGUCAGGAUGAAACAGACGGAGAAACUUCAGAUGGCGUCAGUAAAUCAGUCCAUCGUGUCUUUGCAUCCAUGCUUGGGGAAAAUGAGGAUGAUGAGGAGGAGGAGGAAGAAGAGGAGGAGGAAGAGGAAGAAGAAGAAACUCCUGAGCAACCUACAGCUGGAGAUGUUUUUGUGUUGGAGAUGGUACUUAAUCGAGAGACCAAGAAAAUGAUGAAAGAGAAGAGACCUCGCAGCAAACUCCCUCGUGCCUUGAGGGGUCUAAUGGGAGAAGCUAAUAUCAGGUUUGCUCGAGGAGAGCGAGAGGAGGCUAUUCUAAUGUGCAUGGAAAUCAUUCGACAAGCUCCUCUUGCUCAUGAGCCGUUUUCCACUCUUGCCAUGAUCUAUGAAGACCAGGGAGAUAUGGAGAAGUCCUUACAGUUUGAACUGAUUGCAGCUCACUUAAAUCCUAGUGACACUGAAGAAUGGGUUAGAUUAGCAGAAAUGUCACUAGAACAGGACAAUAUUAAACAAGCUAUUUUUUGCUACACAAAAGCUCUGAAGUACGAUGCAACCAACGUGCGCUACCUGUGGGAGAGAUCGAGCUUGUACGAGCAGCUAGGGGAGCACAAGAUGGCCAUGGACGGCUACCGACGGAUCCUGAACCUCCUGGCUCCCUCCGACGGAGAGCGCUUCAUGCAGCUGGCUAGAGACAUGGCCAAGAGUUAUUAUGAAGCCAAUGAUGCUACCUCUGCUAUUGAGAUAAUAGAAGAAGCUUUUACUAAACACCAGAGCCUUGUCUCCAUGGAAGAUGUUAAUAUAGCAGCUGAGCUAUAUAUUUCUUCCAAACAGUAUGACAAAGCCUUGGCGGUUAUCACAGAUUUUGCAGGAAUUGUACUUGAAAAGAAAGUGUCAGAAAAAGAUCCUACUGAGGAGAAAAAAGAUACAGCCGCAGUGACUGAAGCUCAGGAAAACCAGGAAGCAGUAGUUGACCGUCAAGAUAAUCCAGCUACUGAAUCCAAUGCUACAGCUGUGGAGAAAGUCAGCUGCUGCAUACCCGAGGGGGUUCCAAUAGACAUUACGGUCAAGCUGAUGGUGUGCUUGGUUCACUUGAACAUCCUGGAGCCGCUCAGUCCUCUUUUGACCACUCUGGUGGAACAAAAUCCAGAAGAGAUGGGCGACUUGUAUCUGGAUGUUGCAGAGGCCUUUCUGGAUGUUGGAGAGUACAACUCAGCACUGCCUCUCCUGAGCGCCCUGGUCUGUUCCGAGCGGUACAACUUGGCUGUUGUCUGGCUUCGGCACGCGGAGUGCCUGAAAGCUUUGGGCCACAUGGAGCGUGCUGCGGAGAGCUAUGCCAAGGUGGUUGAUCUUGCCCCAUUGCAUUUGGAUGCAAGAAUCUCUCUGUCAACACUUCAGCAGCAGCUGGGCCGGCCUGAGAAAGCUCUGGAGGCUCUAGAACCAAUGUACGACCCAGACACACUGGCUCAGGACGCUAAUGCUGCCCAGCAGGAAUUAAAGUUGCUGCUCCACCGUUCAACACUCCUGUAUUCCCAAGGGAAAAUGUACGGUUAUGUAGAUACUCUACUUACGAUGCUGGCAAUGCUGCUGAAGGUAGCAAUGAGCCGAGCUCAGGUGUGCUUGAUAUCCAGCUCCAAAUCUGGAGAGAGACACCUCUAUCUUAUUAAGGUGUCAAGAGAUAAAAUUUCUGACAAUGACGACCAAGAGACAGCAAAUUGUGAUGCCAAAGCAAUUUUUGCUGUUCUCACAAGUGUCCUGACAAAAGACGACUGGUGGAACCUCCUCCUGAAGGCUAUAUAUUCCCUGUGUGACCUCUCCCGGUACAAGGAGGCAGAGCUACUUGUGGAUUCCUCUCUGGAAUAUUAUUCAUUUUAUGAUGAUAGGCAAAAACGCAAGGAGCUGGAAUACUUUGGGCUCUCCGCCGCAAUUCUGGACAAGAACUUCAGAAAAGCUUACAAUUAUAUCAGAAUAAUGGUGAUGGAAAACGUCAAUAAGCCUCAGCUCUGGAACAUCUUCAAUCAAGUCACCAUGCAGUCUCAGGAUGUCCGUCACCAUCGCUUUUGCCUCCGACUAAUGCUGAAAAACCCGGACAACCAUGCGCUGUGUGUCCUCAAUGGGCAUAAUGCCUUCGUGUCUGGCAGUUUCAAACAUGCUCUUGGCCAGUACGUGCAAGCCUUCCGUGCCAAGCCGGGGGAGCCCCUGUACAGCCUUUGUAUUGGCUUAACGUUCAUCCACAUGGCUUCCCAGAAGUACGUGCUGAAGAGACACGCUCUCCUGGUGCAGGGGUUCUCCUUCCUUCACCGCUACCUGGACCUGCGAGGACCGUGCCAGGAAUCCUUCUAUAACCUGGGCCGGGCCCUUCACCAGCUGGGGCUGCUGCACCUGGCCCUCCACUAUUACCAGAAGGUGCUUGAACUUCCUCCCCUCGUCCUGGAGGGUAUAGAAGCUGAUCAGACAGAUUUGCGACGAGAUACUGCCUUUAACUUGUCCCUUAUCUAUCAGAGCAGUGGAAAUUUAAGAAUGGCUCAGAAGAUGCUGUAUACUUAUGCCGUUGUAUGAGGAGCUUU